UGUGUGUGUGUGUGUUUGUGCGAGUGUAUGCGCGUGCGUGCGUGUGCGCGCGCGCGCGCUGUCAUUAUUGCUAUCCAGUCUGCUCCGCGCUCGCGAUGGCCAGAUUCAUUUCGCGUGAGGCAGGAAGGCAGCAGCGCUGUCCCGCUCCCGCUCCGGUUCCCGCUCCCGCUCCCUCACGCGCUCCGGUUCCGGUUCCGUGCAGCCUGCUCGCGCCUGGCCCCGGGGCAGCACCGAGCCCACAGCCUCUCCUCUUCCUCCUCCUCCUCCCCUACCAGCACCAGGUUCUUCCCGAACCCAUGAACGGCUCCGAGUCCAUCUCCAUCCACCCGGAGAGCGGCACCAUGAAAGACCAAGACGCGAUCAAACUGUUUAUCGGGCAAAUCCCGCGCAACCUGGAGGAGAAAGACCUGAAGCCACUGUUCGAACAGUUUGGGAAAAUCCACGAACUGACAGUGUUAAAGGACCGAUACACCGGCAUGCACAAAGGUUGUGCGUUCCUCACCUACUGCGCCCGCGAGUCAGCCAUCAAAGCCCAGAACGCCCUCCACGAACAGAAGACGCUGCCAGGGAUGACUCGCCCCAUCCAGGUGAAGCCGGCUGACAGUGAAAGUCGUGGAGAAGACAGGAAGCUGUUUGUGGGGAUGCUGAACAAACAACAGACGGAGGAGGAUGUCUAUCGCCUGUUCGAGCCCUACGGAGUCAUCGAGGAGUGCACUGUGCUAAGAGGUCCUGAUGGGAACAGUAAAGGCUGCGCCUUUGUUAAGUUCUCCACACAUGCUGAAGCUCAGUCUGCAAUCAGUGCGCUACACGGCAGUCAGACCAUGCCGGGUGCCUCAUCCAGUCUGGUGGUCAAGUUUGCUGACACAGACAAGGAGCGCACCAUCCGGCGCAUGCAGCAGAUGGUGGGCCAAUUCGGCAUCUUUAACCCGGCCAUCGCGCUGCCCUUCAGCACCUACAGCAGCUACGCACAUGCGCUGAUGCAGCAGCAGGCGGCCCUCAUGGCCGCGAGUCAUGGUGGCUACCUGACACCCAGCGUGGCGUUCCCGGCCACCCAGAUCCACCAGAUGGGGGCGCUGAACAUCAACAGCCUCCCUCCCACCCCCAUGACCCCGGUGUCGGGUGAGUUUCAUCAGCCUCUGGGCCUUAGCUCACCACCCGCAAACAUCACGUCUUCAGCCGUGCCCAGCAUCGUCACUCCAAUUGUCAACGGCUUCACUGGCAUCCCUCACCAGCCCAACGGCCACCCAGCAGUGGAAGCUGUGUAUGCCAACGGCCUGCCCCCUUACUCCACCCAAAGCCCCACUGCUGCAGACACACUGCAGCAGGCCUUCACCGGGGUGCAGCAGUACACAGCGAUCUAUCCGGCGACCACACUGACCCCUAUUGGCCAAAGCUUGCCUCCACCACCGCAGGUCAUUCAGCAGCAGCAGCAGAGGGAAGGCCCUGAGGGCUGCAACCUCUUCAUCUACCACCUACCACAGGAGUUUGGGGAUAAUGAACUCAUGCAGAUGUUCCUGCCCUUUGGGACGGUCAUCUCCUCUAAGGUGUUCAUGGACAGAGCCACCAACCAGAGCAAGUGCUUCGGCUUUGUGAGCUUCGACAACCCAGCCAGCGCGCAGGCCGCCAUCCAGGCCAUGAACGGCUUUCAGAUUGGCAUGAAGAGGUUGAAAGUGCAGUUAAAACGGCCAAAGGACGCCAGCCGCCCCUACUGACACAGCCCCAAGACACAUGGAGCUCUCUGCUACAGCACAGGUUUUGAAAAGUGAAAUCUCAAAAGGAGCUUGAUUUUUUUCUUUAAAAAUAAAUAAAACAAGAUAAAAAAAAAGAAGAUGAAAGGGUUUUUUUCGAAGACAUAUCAGCAUAUCCUUAUGAAGACGUUCAUCAGAGCGAAGAGAUGCUGGAGAAGCGGCACACUACAGACAACCUACAAGCAGCACAGAGUGAGAAAGUCAAAGCUGGAUCAUGGUGGGAAAUCCCAAAAGACAAGAACUUUUAAGCUACAGAACUUCUCUCGCUAAGACUGAGUCGACAAAUACGCAACAAACAAAAAAAAGAGCAGCAAGAACAACAUAGAUUUCUAUAUACAUAUUAUAUACACGUGCUAUAUUAUGGAAGAGGCGCUUCCAGCUUUUAAUGAUACUGGACAAAUGAGGGUUAAAACUUGAAAAUCAAGGAAAAAGGCCGUGGAGAAAAAAAAAAGCUCUUUUUAACCACUGGCAGACCUUCUUUCUCUUUCUCUGUUUCCUUUCAACUGUCUUCAUGUCUCUGAGCAAGCGCAGGACUUUUGGCCUUCUGUGGUCGCGGAGGUUUCCAGAGGUACAGUGCAACUGAAAAAUCUUUCACUCCAAGGGACCAAAGGACCAAAUAUCUUUUUAUUGUUCGACAGUAAUAUAUAGUAUUAAUGAGGAUACUAAUACUACAAACUACUACUAAUGAUGUUACAUGUUUGAAAAAAAAAAAUCUAAGAGGAAAUACUUGCUUCAGGUUGGAAGAGGAAAGAGAUUUUGAUUUCUUUUCCUUUUACAUUUAUAACUACUGGGUUUCAGAAUAUUUAAACAAAAUAGAAAAAAAGAAGAAGAAAAAAAGUAUUUUAAAAGCUAUACUAUUUUAGAGGACUAGAAUAUGUGGAUGGUGAAGGGCGUGUUCAGUUACUUCUCAUCAGUGGAGAUUUAAACUCUUUAUCUGGGAUGUGUGGCACCGACCCACUGCCUUUCAGCUCCGCGUCUGACCUUCACAUUCACUCAGACAUUAAGUUUAAGCACACGUGCCAGAGAAAUUACACUCACUGAACUGGUCAAAGUUCCAGUUGCCUUUCAUUUAGCAAAAGAUCCUGAGUAGCAACUACAUUUUCUGGGGACGAACCACAGAGGCAUAAUGAAAUGCACACAAUUUUCAGAUUGACACAAAUAUAAUCAAUCAGUUAGAACUUGUUUUAUUUCUGAAGUUUGCUUCUUUAGUUUUGAACUGGAGCUACUGAUACCAACAUUACACUCCUAGCUCCUUAACACUGUUUAUUUUGUUGAUGAAAACUUGACUGUUUUCCAUGAUAUAAACUAAACAAUAGGUAAAUAAUAAUUCACCCUUUUACUCAAAAUAUAGGACAAAAUAACGUGAUGAACAUGUCAGAACUACUCAGCUAGAGAAGCUCUUUUCCCCCCCGUCUUAACACACUCAUGUUGCAAAGCCGUUAUACAAGCAAACUAAACCAUGCUGUGUGCUACAGGGAAGGAGAGAGGAAAUUGCUGCAGUCGUACGCACUGGUACACAGGAUUAGCAGGUCUGAGCAAAAUUUCUAGCCCAACUACAUUGGGCUAGACAUUUUGCUGUAAAAAAAAAAAAUGCACAACAAGACCUGAAACCUGCCCAAAACGUUGCCACUAUAUGAUACAAAAGUGACAAUACAGUUUAAGUUUGCUUAUUCAUUAGUCGGAAAAAGCUCCACAAGUAAUUGUUAAAGUAAAAAUGAAUAAAAACCCUCCUUUUACUUCAAAACCUCUUAAUGUCCCAAAAAAGUACAGUCUUUGAUUCUCAUUUAAGACUAAGAGUGUUAGUGUACAGUUCCCACUACAACACAAAUACUGUCUGCACUUACACUUUCCCUUUGUUUGCCAUAGCCUAUUUUUUGGAAAUUGCUUCGAUUUAAUUCUGAUUUGAUUGAUCUUGGUGGCCGCAGAAUGUUUUAAACUACCCCCAAAAAAAACUCAAACAACAAGAACAACAACAACAACAUCAGCAACAACAAGACUUGCUUUUUCUGCUUAUAACCUGUUUCAAAACUUGCCUAAUUUGGUGUAAAAACAUUAGGCUAACAUUAAAGCGACUUGAUUGGAAAUGCUGUCCUGCACUAGCAUGAUGUUAUUUUGUGAGAAAAUGCAGCUUUUUGUAAUUUUUGUCCCUAGCUUGAACUAGCAUACCUGAAGACACCUCAUAAAACGCUGAAGUUAUUUUAUUUGAACUUGUGUGUUUACUUCCCUGCUGAGUGUCACAGACUAAGUCGUAGCUCUAUGAUAGCUUUCAUUUAACAAACAAAAGGUGAAAACCUUUACCAAGCCUGUAAUGUGCAUUUGUAAAACAUUUUAAUGUUCCAUUUAAGACGAAAUUAAAACUUCAUCUUAAAUGGCACACUAAAAUUUCAAAGUAAAAUAAAAUUUUAAAAAAUUAAGAUACUGAUGUGGCAAAAACAGCUUAAAAAAAUUAGUUUAAAAGAGAAUAUAGAUGCUUGUUCUGUUUUAGUUGUCUAAAAUAGCUGUUUUUCAUUAACUACAUCUAAACAAAAACUAACUAAUAAUUAAAGUAUGGCAAAAGAUUUGGCAAAAUUACCAGAAGCGAAUGGCCAGCAAACCUUUCUUUGUUAUUUGACAUUGUGUUCAUUUUAGUUUCCUUUAACACCUCCAUCAGCAGCAGGCACACUGUGUGAACAUGAGCAUUUUAUCUAAGCCUCUAUAUUACUGAAAUGUUGCCUAAUGUGAGUUCUCGAAAAAUGACACUGACCCUAGCACGUCUUGAGCUUCCCAGCUUAGCCGACUCUUACAGUAUUCUGUCCUACUCCUUAUAGUUUCCUAAACUCUAAAGCCUCAAGGGUCCUUUAACAGGGAUUAUGGUAAUCCAGGCACCUACGUCCCAACACCCCACAUCAUUACCAUACAGCUUGUAUUGAUCAAAUGGCCAGCCUCAGCCUCGGGGCCGCUCCUGCACAAUCAAUUACACAUGACUGAGUUCAUUUUUUUACACUUUAUAUAACAAAAGCUUGAGACAAGCUCACCGCGGGAUUGCUUUAUUGAUGCAGACCAGACCAAUGUUUAAUAAUACAGGUCAGAAAUGUCAUUAGAAAAAUUAAGAUAGUGAUGAGGCACAUCUUAAAGCUGUGAAAAACAGUUUAGAGAGCCUGAAGAAUGAGUGCUAUUAGUAAGGCCACAGUGAGGGCAGUUUAAAGGGCACAGACACCGAAGCCAUGAUGUACUUACAGCAGCUGCUGGUGUUCUGAUGAAUAGCACGCACACACACACACACACACACACACACACAAGCACACACAGAGACACUCUGUUGACAAAAGGUCAGAGGAUGGAACUGCAUUCCUUUAUAACAUGGCGAACGUCCACUGAGUCCCUCAUAAAGAGCUGAAAAAGGUGUUUUUUUUUUAUUUCUUAUUCACACCAAAUCUCAUGUUUUGCUUUAUUUUCAUCAUCUGUCUUAAAGCUCAUGUCACCUAUUGAUAAUUACUCAUAUAUUAUCAGCUUUGUGCUUAUAGAUUUUGAACUGUAUAAUAUCCUUAUGCAGAUUACAGAGUGCAACAACUGACAACAAUAGAAAAAAAAUUAAUUUCAUUUUCAUUUAAUUUAAUUUUCCACAUUUUGACCCUUUUGGCAAACCCAGAAAUCUAUCUAAGCUAUCAGGAGCGGCUCGUGACCAUAGAUUUUGGUGGGGCAGAACAACAUUAAUAAUAUAGUCUCAAACCAAAUUAAGUUGAAAGGCUAUCACAGUUGACUUAUGCCAUAGGCUACUAUCUAGUGAAUUUUUAGAGUAAUAGGCAGUUAAGAGUUGAUAAUAUACGUUCAUCCAGCAUACAGUCUAGCAGUAUACAGUCUAGGGCUUAACCUGAAAAGACCUGGAACUAGCCCAAAAAAAUCAGGCAUUGGAAAAGCGAGACACAUUUAUCUUCGUUUUUUCUGCGUUUGUGUGGAAAACAAUGUCACUGUGGUGCACACGCAUUUCUGAAGUACAGACAUUAUCCUCAUGAUAUCCCAUAUCCCAUAUCCCAUAAUCCCCCUUUCCCUCUCCCAAUCUUUGCAAUAUAUCUUACAAUAGAAAGAAAUGGUUCUGUAUAUUAUAGACACAAUGUCCUCACUUACACUUUGUCUUUGGUUGCGGAAAUUUAUUCGAUUUAAUUCUGAUUAACUGCUAUCUCGGUAGCUACAGAAUAUUUUUAAACUAGCCCAAUUUGGCAAACCUGUCAUUAACUGUCCUGUUUGCCGCUCAUCCUCCAAUAGUUUGAUUCAGCGUGAUUCUUUACCCACUGAGCCUCUAUUAGCACUUGAUGUAAUUCCCAUUUUGACCACUAGGUGCAACAAUAACUCUAUAGAAGCUAAGUGAUUGCACAACAGCUAGAAAUAUUGGCUUACAUCUGUCAAAGAGCAACGUAUUUUUAAAUCAUUGGUCACUCAGGAGAGGUAAUUAGUAUUUCAAUGAAAUUUAAAAUGUAUGGAGUUGUGAAUGAAGAAUUUAAGAUAAUUAAUGUUUGCUGAACGGUUGAUAUAGUGGAGCUCUGCCUAACCUGCCCCUGUGGACGAGCCGCCACUGAUCGCUAUGUUUUACAUUGGAAUUGGAAACUCUGGAAUUGAAACUUGGGUACCAUGAUUGAUUUUUAUCUGGGUAUAAUGCCAUUUUCCUCCGGACCUCUGUUCACUUCAUCUCUUCCUGCCCGGUAAUAAUGAAUGACAACAUGGUAAUAUACUGUACACAUACGCAGCCCUCAGGCAUCCAUGCUCUAAUAACCCUGCGUCCUCUCCAAAUCUCUACAUUCCAGGCAUGUGAAUUAUUAAAAUCAAAUUAAAUGUGGCCCUCACAUAACAGCAGGCCUAAUGCAAAUUAAAAAUGGCAACUCACGCCUGAAGUUUAAUAAGUUUGAGACAUGAUAUCAUUACAGCAAGACGAGAAAAAGAUGAGAAAAACCAAUAAAAUGGAGUAAACAUGGGGGUGAUUGAGGAUGAGUGGAUGAGUGUGUUAGUGUGACAAUACAGUUAGUUAGUUAAGCUUAUCAUGUUUUGCUGUUUAAAAAAAGGGCUGCACAGGCUCUGUUGCACUGCUCAUAGUUACUAGUGCUCCAAAUCACCAGCAUUUCUCAUUUGUGUUCUCAUUCCAGCCAUAUUAUUCAUGUUCACAGUUGAGUUUUCUCACACCAUGAUGCCCAGCGUGAUGUUUGAGCAUGUUCAGACGUGGUGGUGGGUGGGCGUGGGGACGGCGGGGCGUAAAGUAUAUUAACGGUACUACUCGUAUUAACAAUAUGAUUCUUUAAUUAAUUAAUUACCUAUGGUUUGUAUGCUAAGGAAAGUAGCUUAUUAUAGAUCUAAAAUGUGUAUAUUAGGGAACAUGAGCACAGGAACCUUU